AUGAAACACCUAAUUAAGACAAAGCCUGUUAUUGAACAAUCUAAGGGACUUACACCAAUCACUACACAACCGAAACCCAUUCAACGAGAAGAAGCAGAUCAGAAUGCAACUUGUCUUCCAUCUGUAUCUUUAUUGAGCAAUCAACAUUUACAAUAUGUCGACAAACCAAAAGAUACUCUUCCGUCGCUAUUACAAGUUCCGCUAAAGAAUGAUAAACCGCUUGAAAUUCUAUCGAUAAGUCAAAAGAUACUUGUUAGCACAGUCUUACCACCCAUCAAUGAUCAACAAUCAGUAAGACCACUUGACUAUAAACUACCAUCCGCGGGUUAUGCUGUUGAACAAAAAACUAAUUAUCAAUAUGAGGCCCCUCAGCCCGUUCAGCGUUGGAACACAUGGGAGGACCAGCGACCACUUGUAAGUGCACUACCUUAUGACGAGAAGAACAGUUAUUAUGAGACCGGUAAAGCAGCUAGACGCCGUCGCGCUCGGGCGAGAAAAAGACAGCGACAAAAGCUUACUCGCAUAGCCCCGAUACAGUUUAAUGUACAAGUGUAUUUCUGUGAUGCUAGUUACAAUGAUAACUAUGAAGUUGGUGUUUAUGGGUUUAUGUUUCGAAACCAAAUCGUCACUCAAAUUUACACGAAUGGGUGCGGUAGUACAAUGUGUGAAGUGUUAGCUGCCACACUUGCGUUGCAACAUGCAAACAAAUGUUACAACGGGUAUGACAAUUCAUAUUAUGUCAUAAUAUAUACUGACAAUACAACGGUCCAAUCUCUGAUAAAUACACCGAAAAUGACUGACCGUUCUAAUUAUCCAGAAUUUUUUGAAAUUAAAGAUGAGUAUAACUAUCAGCUUGAAGCACAAUGGACGCCAGGUCAUCCAAAAUGGAUUCAAAACAGUGUUCAGCGUGCAUUUGCAAAAUUAGAUCAGCAAGUUCGAUUUGACUUACGGCAAUACGUAAGAAUGUUGGAAUUUCAGUACGACUAUACGUACCAUUGA